AUGUCAAACUCAAACUGGAAGCCGUUUGUUUUCGGCGGUCUAGCCUCUGUCACGGCAGAAUGCGGGACUUUCCCAAUCGAUUUGACCAAGACGCGGUUACAAGUUCAAGGCCAAGUGGGAGACAGCAAAUACCGAGAAAUUCGCUACAGAGGAAUGCUCCAUGCAAUGGUGAAAAUUUGCAGAGAGGAGGGAGUCAGAACACUGUAUUCGGGCCUAGCCCCGGCGAUGCUGCGCCAGGCAUCCUACGGAACAAUAAAGAUCGGCACCUACCAGAGCCUCAAGCGUCUUCUCGUGGACAACCCAGAGGACGAGACGUUGCUGAUUAACGUAGGCUGUGGCGUUAUGUCUGGGGUCAUCUCCUCGUCCAUCGCAAACCCAACCGAUGUGCUGAAGAUCCGCAUGCAGGCCCAGGGUAGCGUUAUCCAGGGCAGUAUGAUGGGGAACUUCAUCAACAUCUACCAGCAGGAGGGAACCAGAGGACUGUGGAAGGGCGUGUCUCUCACGGCGCAGAGGGCGGCCAUCGUGGUCGGGGUGGAGCUGCCCGUCUAUGACCUCACCAAGAAGCACCUCAUCCGGUCGGGUCACAUGGGCGACACCGUCUACACACACUUCCUGUCCAGCUUUGUGUGCGGUUUGGCCGGGGCCCUGACCUCCAACCCGGUGGAUGUGGUCCGGACCCGCAUGAUGAACCAGCGGGGAGGAGCCGUGUACCAGGGCACCGUGGACUGUCUGCUACAGACCUGGCGUUCGGAGGGCUUCAUGGCUCUUUACAAAGGGUUCUUCCCCAACUGGCUGCGUCUGGGUCCGUGGAAUAUCAUUUUCUUCCUCACCUACGAGCAGCUAAAGAAGAUUGACGUUUGAUGAAGGCUGAAACGAGGAGAAGAAGUGAAUGACAAGCGAGAGAGAGAAACCGUGGGGACCAUGGCAGGAAGUCCCAGCGCAGGAAAGCCGGGAUAGAUCCAGCAUGGAGCCAUUGAAUAGGGCUGGGGGAGAGAGGUGGGAAGAUUGAUGUGCCAUCCAACAUAUAGAAGGCUUCAUAUGUCUUGGAUGUUGACUGUGCUUGUAACCCGUCAGUCACACGCUUGCACAUACAUGCAGUUUCUCCCAGCCGAACCCCCUCUCCCUCCUUCCAACCCACCGCGUUACGUUUCUGGCGUACCUCCGGCACUCCCUCCCUUAAGCCCCAGCAACCCCUUGUUUUGUUGGAAAACACCCAGAUUGGUACCCCAGUACAUACAAAGUGCAACGACGGCACAUCCGCCGAUUUUGAGUGCCUUAGUGAACUGCAUCACUUCCUGUUGAUGGCCCUGCUUGAGCUGCAGAAGAAGGAGAGGCAGGAAGUCCAGGCGACCACGGGGCAUCAGUGGUUAAAUACCACUUCCCAGGGACAGGGUGGGGCCACACGAGACUCAAAUCUAACAUUUGUACACUUCAUACACUCAUUUAUUUUCGUCUUCCUAAAUUGUCAUACAGGGAAAAUGGGGUGACGGCAUUUUUGUUUUUAUGAUUUAUUCCUCUGUAGAAUAUUAUUUGCCCAAUGUUUAAGAUUGACCAAGAAUGUAUCGUCUCCAUAUUUGACUGCUAUAUAAACACUUGUAUAUAGCAGUUGCAGUGUAAACGGAGCGAACAACAGCCACCAGAACCAAAUGCGUCGGCCGUACUCGCUCAUGUCACAUGAGAUACAAGCCACGGAGGGUAACUAACUGGGUUCCCAUGUCCCCUCUUAGUUCUUUCAUAACGCAUUGCAAUGGCAUUACAGCCUCAUGCUUCAUGAAUUGGCACAUAGUUGACGCCAAACUUAUUUGCACACCGCAAAAAACAUUUGAUGUAUCAUGUUGAAAAGCAACCCAGCUGACCAAAUAGUUACUUAAAAGGGAAAAGUAUAAAUGUUUUACCUAUUGCUUUAUGUAUGCUUAUAUUUUGCACAAAAUUAAUAUUCUGAUGGUCAUUCAUGUCCAAAUGUGGAUAUUUACGUGCAUUUGUUUAGGAAUCAUGUUACCAAUUGCGUUUGUUAGUACCAGUGUCUUUUCGAUCGGUGCGAUAUCGGGAAACGUAUUAUGCUGAUGUUACAAUUAUUUGAGUUCUGAUCAUUGAGGGAUCCACCGAAUAAACUGUAAACAUUGCCACCCGUAGUUUCUUUUUUUUCCAUUGGAGGGCGCUGUGUAGCCUCAAUAACAAACAAGAGCCUGACCCAGAUGAAGGCAACCGUUAUGUUGUUCCCCUUGCCAAGUUGCCCUCCCCUCCUCAACCUAAACCUACUCCUUACCAGACGGCGCAAUUGAAGUACUACAUAUCUAGCACAGUCUUAUUGUUUCACGAAAACACCCCAUCUCUUUUUAAACACACGUUCACACAGCAACAGAAAACAAUGUCGCUCCUGAAUAAUUCAUGGUUUCUGGGAUGUAAUUGUUGUGUCUCCGAGGAGAACUCCUCACCGGAGCUGUGGUGAGGAGACGGUGGCAACUCGGGAGGGUUGUUUAAAAAAAAAAAAAUGUGAUAAACUACAUUUUGUGUGCGCGGGAGCACCGCCACGGGACUUAUUAGUUAUGAGAAGCGAGGUUCUUUUAAUUCCCAAUAAGCCACGAUGAAUUGCCUUCUCAGGUAAUUGUUGACGUCGGGCUGAAUUGCUAAUCGGACCAGGCCAACGUUAGAAACCUCGUGGACUUUAC